UGGCCUCCUCGGAAGGGGGACGGAAGUGCGCUGGGGACUCGCCGCGGUGAUGUAGCAGCGUGGGAGGGGCCCAGGCCAGCACCGUCCGUCCACCGGCUCGCCCCCCGAUCCCGUGGCGAGUCCGCACGCCGAGCGGCAGAGCGGGCGCCCGUGGGCUCCGCAGGAGUAGCCGCACCCUCCCCGGCGACGCCGCCAUGGACGCGGAGGCGGCGCGCAGCUAUUCUCUGGAGCAAGUUCAAGCUUCGUAUCCUUUUCCAUUGCAACAAAUGAUGGCAGAAGUUCCUAACGUGGCCAUCAUGAUUGGACAGCAGGUACCAGGAGAAGUUCCUAACGCGGCAGCCGUGACUGCACAGCAGAUGCCCGCAGACCCUCCCGCCCAGGAACCUGUACCAGAAGCUCCAAAGAGAAGGAAAAGGAAAAUCAAAGCAGCAGAGCCCCAGGAACCCGUGGAGCCCAAAAAACCUGCUGCGACCAAGAAAUCCGGCAAGUCCGCAAAAUCAAAAGAAAAGCAAGAGAAAAUCACAGACGCCUUUAAAGUGAAGAGGAAAGUGGACCGAUUCAACGGCGUCUCUGAAGCGGAGCUGCUGACCAAGACUCUGCCUGACAUUUUGACCUUCAAUCUGGAUAUUGUGAUUAUCGGCAUUAACCCGGGAUUAAUGGCUGCUUACAAAGGCCAUCACUACCCUGGGCCUGGAAAUCACUUCUGGAAAUGUCUGUUCAUGUCAGGGCUGAGUGAGGUGCAGCUGAACCACAUGGAUGACCACACCCUACCCGGGAAGUACGGCAUCGGAUUCACCAACAUGGUGGAGCGGACGACGCCAGGCAGCAAGGACCUGUCGAGUAAAGAAUUUCGGGAAGGAGGGCGCAUCCUAGUGCAGAAACUGCAGAAAUAUCAGCCACGAAUAGCGGUGUUUAAUGGAAAAUGUAUUUAUGAAAUUUUCAGUAAAGAAGUUUUUGGAGUAAAGGUUAAGAACUUGGAAUUUGGGCUUCAACCACACAAGAUCCCAGACACAGAAACUCUUUGCUACGUCAUGCCGUCCUCCAGCGCCAGGUGCGCUCAGUUUCCCCGAGCCCAGGACAAAGUGCAUUACUACAUUAAGCUGAAGGACUUGAGAGAUCAGCUCAAAGGCAUCGAGCGCAACACGGACGUCCAGGAAGUGCAGUACACGUUUGAUUUACAGCUCGCACAAGAGGACGCCAAGAAGAUGGCUGUGAAAGAAGAAAAGUAUGACCCAGGCUACGAGGCGGCGUACGGCGGCGCCUACAGUGAAAACCCGUGUCUUGGUGACCCCUGUGGCUUUGCUUCAAAUGGGCUAACAGCCAACAGUGUGGAGCCGAGAGGAGAAGUCAAUCCCAGCGCUGGCGGAGGCGACCUUCCCAACGGGCAGUGGAUGGCGCAGUCGCUCGCGGAGCAGCUACCUGCCUUUAAUAACUGCGGGACACGAGAGCAGGAAGAAGGAAGCCGUGCUCAGUGAGGAGGCUGCCUCUCAGCUCUGGCGCAGUGCUGCAGUUUUAAUGCAGAUGUCAGGACACAGAACCUCAGUUUGCUAACUGAAGAGUUUUAGUAUUAAUUGUCCUUUACGCUAGUGGUGUAAUUAUAUAUGGAGCAGUUAUAUGGUAGAGUCAACUGUAUGAAUCUGUGUAGUUUGGAAAGAAAAAAUAGGGUGUUUUGUACUUGAGUUUUGUAUUUGAAUUAGCCAUCAUUCCAGCUUUUUAUAUACUAUACUUCAUUUAUGAAGAAAUUGGUUUUGAGGAGUCACUUCACUCUGUAAUUUUAAAAAUAUUUAUAGCUGAUUCUUCACUGUGCCCUUAUCCCUUUAAAUGCCUGAGAAGGGCAUGCUAGUGAGAACCAAGCUGGUGAAAGGCCGAGGUGCCAGUCUCUGUAGGAAGCUGACUCACCCUCCGUGGGUGGAAGCUGUCGGUGAACUCAGAACCCCUGGGUUGCAGUCACGCGCAGACCCCUUGCUGUCCCCGUGCUGUAAGUGGCAAUUGCUUGGUAAUAGAAAGCUGAUGGGGCCUGAGCCCUGCUGCUGGCCUCUGCCUCUUGUGUGUCAAUCCUCUCAGAGGCAGGGACAGAUUCCCGAGAACGCAGUGGAGCUUGGACAGUUUGCCACGUGUCUGUUUGACUGAAUUCCCCGUCAGUGUUCAUCACUGUUCUCCUUUUGUCUCUGAUGUGGAAAGUGCUAAAAAAUGAGCUUUCCAGUGAGCAGUGGGAUGCUGCCAGUGUUUGAUAAUCCUCUUUAAACUGGUGCUGUGUACAUGGGAUGUACUAAUUCAGAACUUCUCUUGCUAGGUAAAGCUAAUCAUCUGUCAAUGAUUUAAAACUUGUCACUGCUAUCGAUUACUGUGGACUAAGUGAACCUCAUGAAGAAGAUGAUUGGGAUUUGUACCUUUGUGGCUGCUUAUGUAUUUCCCAUGGUGCUACAGACAGCCCUCUGGGGCUGCUGGGUAUGGAACGUGGGUAUUCAGAGAGCCUAGCGCGUUCACUCCUGACCACUCCCGGGUCCUCUAACUGGAUGCAUACCCCUGGAGCAUGCUGGUUUUGCAGUAUGAGAUGUCCAUGAGGGUUUUGUAUUUCAUAGAGGUUAUGUAGCCUAGUCUAUGAAUAGUGAGAGAAGCAGUUUCUUGGUAGGAAUUUUAACAUGCCUUUACUGUGGCAGUGGUGGGCUUUAUUUUCCUUGGGUCUGGGUCAGGCAGUGCACACCUCCUGUGAUUUGGAGGGCACACUGCACUGCUGUUUACAUGAGCAUUUCUGCGGGUGCUUUGAGUGCCUUGCAUCAGGGAUUAGGAUCAAUUGAAUUAUUUUUUUCAUGGGACUAUGUAAAGCACGUAGUAUCGCCUUGGUAUGUAACUAUUGUAGCUCUACCCUGGAGAAAUACCUUUAAAUUAUGACUGGAGAGCGGCCGUGAGGACCCUCUGAGUACGUCCUGGUGCUUUUCCUUGAACCUGGUAAGUGAGUAGUGAGUGCUGGUGCACCCUGGACAUGACAGGGUGCCUUGUUUUCAUUAAAUAAUACUGAGAUUUUAAA